UGCUCCUCCAGGACUGGGCAGGGCAGCCACAGUCCACACGCGAGAACGCUCCUCGGGCCGACCUGGAAGCCCUCCGAGGGACUCACCGAGCUCUCGGAGCUCGGAGCUCGAAUGGAGGACGGAGCCCUGGGCAGCCACAGCCGUCCUGGCUGGCCCCUGUGGUCUUGGCUUUGGAACCUGCAGUCCGCCAGGCUCAGAGAGGGGGGCGGGUGCUCAGGGCCCGGCAGGAGGUGGAGGGAGGAAGUACCCAGGAGGGUGAUGACAUCACAGCCCAGCCCUUGAAAGAUGAGCUGUUCCUGCCAGCCGCUCCAGCUCACUCCCUCCUCAGAGGGGAGGGGACAUCAGACAGCCCUGCUGGACUCCGCACGAGAAAGCGACCAAGGUGCCCGCGCAGCUCCCUCCGGACAAGGCGCGGUCUCUGCUGUCCCCGUGUCAGCUCCGCGACGAUUUCUCCCGUCCCGGCGGAAGUCUCAGCUGUGACAUCACACCCCCAACCCAGCACCGGUGAGGCCUCACUCACAUCCGCUCUGCAUCCAGAUGUGGUCUGUCUGGAAGAGACCCACAUUCCUGUCUGUUUAUGAAGAGCCGGUGCCCACCACGGUCCCCCCCAGCGCUGCAAUGCUCAACCUCACCUCGGGAGUCCUUCAGUCUGCUCUCAACGGGACCCAUGUGGACAGCCAUGGCUGCGUCCACUCCGACUGGUGGGGCUGGCUCAACGCCAUCCAGGCCCCCUUCCUCUGGGUGCUGUUCGUGCUGGCAGCGCUCGAGAAUGUCUUUGUGCUCAGCGUCUUCUGCCUGCACAAGAGCAGGUGCACCGUGGCGGAGAUCUACCUGGGCAACCUGGCCGUGGCCGACCUGAUCUUGGCCUGCGGGCUGCCCUUCUGGGCCAUCACCAUCGCCAACAACUUCGACUGGCUCUUUGGGGAGGCCCUGUGCCGCGUGGUGAACACCAUGACCUACAUGAACCUGUACAGCAGCAUCUGCUUCCUGAUGCUGGUGAGCAUCGACCGGUACCUGGCCCUGGUGAAGACCAUGUCCGCGGGCCGCCUGCGCGGUGUGCGCUGGGCCAAGCUCUACAGCCUGGUGAUCUGGGCGUGCACGCUGCUCCUGAGCUCGCCCGUCCUGGCCUUCCGGACCAUGAAGGACUACAGAGCCGAGGGCCACAACGUCACCGCCUGCAUCAUCACCUACCCGUCACGCACCUGGGUGGUGUUCACCAACAUGCUCCUGAACAUCGUGGGCUUCCUCCUGCCCCUGAGCGUCAUCACCUUCUGCACGGUGCAGAUCAUGCAGGUGCUGCGCAACAACGAGAUGCAGAAGUUCAAGGAGAUCCAGACGGAGAGGAAGGCCACGGUGCUGGUCCUGGCCGUGCUGCUGCUGUUCGUGCUGUGCUGGCUGCCCUUCCAGAUCAGCACCUUCCUGGACACGCUGCUGCGGCUGGGCGUCCUCUCGGGCUGCCGGGAUGAGCACGUGGUCGACGUCUUCACGCAGAUCGCCUCCUACGUGGCCUACAGCAACAGCUGCCUCAACCCACUGGUGUACGCCAUCGUGGGCAAGCGCUUCCGCAAGAAGACCCGAGAGGUGUACCAGCGCCUCUGCCGGGCGGGGGGCUGCGCGGCGCCACCCACCCUGACCGAGAGCUCCAUGGGCACCAUGCGGACCUCCAUCUCGGUGGAUCGGCAGAUCCACAAACUGCCGGUGUGGGUGGGCAGCAGCCAGUGAGCGGAGGCGCCUGGGCCGCCGUGGAUGUGUGUGAGGGCUCGUGGAAGGUCGCUCCGCAGGGUGUGCCUAGCUAGGAACGGAAGUCAUCCCGCGUGGGACCGUGGGCAACAGGUCGGCGUCUGCGGCAAACCCAGGAGCACGGUUCCUGCCCGGCCCCGGUUGCCGCGAGCACAGAUGUGUGGAUGGGGCGACCCCACGAAGAGGCAAGGGCUCCAUCAGCGUGACAGCAUUAUUCUUAUUUGCUGCCACACCGGGGCCGGGCCUGCUUCUUCCCAGGAGUGGACGGGACCUGGGGAUAGGGACAGGAGUGCCUGAGCUUUCCUCCCACGUGGUGUCCCCCCCACCCCUGCCUGCCCCAGCAUAACAGCUCAGGACUCCAGGAGAAGUGGCCCCUAGCCUUGGUGCGGGGCUCGGUGCACGCCGUGCCUGGCCAAGUGCUGCCACUGGGCCGGGACUGCAGAGGCUGAUGCCACAGAUGAAUGAAGGUGAAUCUCUGAGGAUCCCUGGUGAGAACCAGGAGAUCAGGACUCUGUCACUCCCCUUGCCCACAGACAAGGGGGUCUAUGCCCAGGAAGGACCCAAUAGGCACUAAUCCAGCACCUGCUGUGCACCUACACAGCGUUGAGCACGGAGGGCAAGAGGCUGGAAAGAGAAAGGGCAGGCUCUGUCUGGAAGGAGCUUGCAAGCUCUAGUGGCCCCUGGAAGUCUUCCCUGCAGCACAGUCGAGCAAACCCUGGGUGCCACGCAGGGCAGAGGGGCGAGGUGCCUGAUGCCCCAGCUCCUCUGACCGCUGCCUCGGUUUCCCCCUCUUUUGAGUGAGGCUGUGAGGCUUAAAGGAGGGGACUGGCAUAGACGUACUUUGAAAAUCCAAUGGUGCUACGUGAAUGUGAGGUGUUGUUAUGCACACGGAACAGGGUCUUGGGGGACAGAACCUGGAGGACCAGGAGGGUCUGGGCGUCAGGCAAAGCGCCCACAAAUCCUGACCAAUUCAGCUCCAGAUUUUAAAGCAAGAGGGUUAGGAAUGAUUCCCUCCCCAUUCCAGCUCCCCGCCCCACCCUGGCCCCUGCCAGCCACACCCUCCGCCCAGUAAACACAUGCCCUUGGAGCUGGAAGAAGAAAACGGGGAGGAGGAAGGAGGGGCCAUACAGUGUUAGAAGGAAGCUAAAUGACGCACAUGUUGGGAGUGGAACAGAAAGGCCACUUUGCAACUUGUGUGGCCCUCGCUCCUCAGUGGGUGUGGUUGGUCUGAGGGUCUCCUGGGAGCAGGGCCGCCUCAGGGCCCUGGGCUCCCAGCAGUCCCUGAGACCACACGUGGUCUGAGGAGCCGGGGUCGUUCUGCAGGAGGGGAGCUGCCUGGGGUGGUGCAGGCGCCUCAGUGAAGGACACCUGCCCUGCAAGCGCCCCAGAGAGCCACCGCUGCUUUGUAAGGCAGGCGCACAGCACAGACGACAAGAGACUGGUCGCCAGGGCAAACCGUGUGCUUUCUGCUUUCUGAGCAGCAACGUGAAUGGAGGGGUGUCUGCACAGCUCCUCCUUUUGUUCCGGCUCCCAGAGCCCCGAGCCGCCUCCUGACGCUGCCAGCGGCGGUCG